CUUCAAACAUCAACGAACUUUUACGUCGUCUUCCGUCCUUGCUUAUAGCUUCAACUAAGGUUUCUCGCUAUUCUUCUGUAGCUUCUGCUAGCUUUCCAUCCUUUGCAGUAUUCACUUACUGUUUAAUUCUUGCGCGAUCAGAUAGACAUGCGGGAGGCUGUCCCCGUCCCGAUGCUGUAUUAAGCAGGUAUCUUGUAGUUGUAAAUGGCUUGUGGCCAGUAUGGCCUUGUUUUUCAGACUCUUUGGUGAAGAUCAUGCGCCUGUUUUUCAUAUUUCGUUUGAUCAUUACCAGCAGUUUGCGCAUCGAGAAUUUUGUCUUUGCUAACGUCGUAAUUAAAUAGAUUGAAAAGAAUCGUCCGAUUUCAAUUUCAUCAAAGAAAAUAUUCCAAAAUGGACGAGCGGAAGCUGCAUUCUUUCCUUUUAGCCAUCGUCGUCGAACAACCCCCGAUGGCGAUCGCUUCUUUCCACCCCUUCGCUGCAGCUGUAAGAUAACCAAACUUUUCGACUACGAGGAAGUACAUGCUGAAGAGAUUUCAUCCGGGUGAUCAGUUUCAGUAUCGACGAAGAAGCGCCUAAAGUGUUCGGGUCCGUCUCUGAUUCACGUUCACGUACCUUAUUCCUGGUCCUUCAUUGCGUCCUCACUGCCUCGUCGAGCGGACAGUGGAACGCUCGGGCUUCUCAUCACCUUCCGUGGAGAUUUGUAGAAGGUAUCGACCCGCGACCCCUACCGACAUUGUGAACCCCACACGACGAGGAUCAUUUCGUCGUUAACCAGUUCAUAUGUAAUAUGUCUUCGCCAUAGCCCUACUAAGAAUCCUUGCCGCGAUGAAUCCCUUGACGGCAUCGCUGACGGCUUUGGUCAUUGUCGACGGACCAAACGUCGCGAGAACUGUCGCAGGGUCACGCUCACGAAGCCCAAGACAGAUUCCGCCUCUGGAUAUGGAGACGCUGAGUGUAGCACUCGAAGCCGUAGAGGAGCGCUUUCCUGGUGUACCGCAAGAAGUAAUGUUGUACCA